CCUGUGACUGUUGCUGAUGUCUCACACACACACAGUUCCUUCAGAGGCAGGCGGUGCAAGAGCCUCGAUACAACACAGUCUUUAGGAGAAGUCUAGAGCUGGACCGUGUAUGAAAGACUGGAAGAAUGAUAAUACAUAAGAACUAGACGUAGGCCGCCAUGUUGUCCGUAGAAAGGCCACAAUUGCAGUAGCUGCAGAACACAUGAACAGUUCAACGUCAUCCCAAAAUAAACAUCAUCAACCUUCCCAUUCCUAAACUGCACUGGGAUCUCCAGGAGCCAUGAAUCGGCAAAGUCAACCUCUCCUGAUCCUGGUUUUGGCUACUUUAGGUUCUGUCCGCGGACAAAAUGACUGUGGGAGCUGCUUCUACUUGGAUACGGGCGCUGUCAUUGGCAUUGUCAUCUGUGAUGUUGUGAUUACUGUGCUCAUUGCUCUAACCGCAUAUUAUGUAUCCAAUAAAAUCCAUAUGAAAAAAGAAGAGGAAAGAAAUACAAAUUCUAAGAAGCCAGACACACAGGAGGCUGAGCCACCAUACGAAGAACUCAGAAACCAAAGAAUGGACAUCUAUAAUGAUCUCAAUCAUUCUGCCAAUUAAUUCUACACUUGUCUUCAGCGCCCCACCAAUAAAGUCUUUCUUUUAACAACAUUAGGCUGAAAAGGCACAUAGCAUUGUUAAAUAUGUAUAGUUAUGUUGUCCACAGGUUUUUCAUAAUUCAUAAUAGUACAAAACUGUCAAUGUGACAAAUCCUUUCAAAUAGGCAGGAGAAACAUCAGCUGAAAUACCACCUCCCAUCAGCAGAUGGCGAUGCAUUUGUUUGAUCAAUUCAGUAUGACAAAGAUGGUGUGCAAAGAUAUGGAGUACAUUCAGUCUCAUUGAUUGUUCUUUUCUUUACAUGCUUACAUGGUAUGGAGAGAAUGCUAAAAGUCCUUGGUUAAUAGUGAAGCAUCCCACCCUUGAAUUUGUUGCAAUUUGCAUCUCAACGGCAUGUAACUAGUGGGGAUUCUAAAAAUGUUACAAACCAAAAAAGUUGUGAGUUUUUAUUCAAGAGUAAUGACAAAAAAAUAGUUAAACGUUCAAACCAUUUAUUAAGACAUAUAGGUAAAGGCCUGGUGCGUUUUGUGCCUAUUGGGGCAGUCACUCAUCAGCCUAUGGUCAUUACUCUUGUGGUAAUGGUCAUAACUUUUUUGGUUUGUUACAUCUUUAUUGCCCCUAAUAUUGGACAUGUACUCAUAAUGGUGCUGUUAUGGAAAAUCGACAUCAAUUCUGCCAUUUUGUCAGGGUUUCUAAACAUGUUAAGUUGCAUAUGACACUAGCUUAAAGGGGAAGCAUUGCUAUUAAACGUUUCACUGUAGUGGAUGUUUCAGAAUUAUUUUUUUGCAAAAUUAGGGCUCAUUUACCAAUGCUACAGGCACAAGUGCUGGAUCACUAAAUGUCUAUCCAUAGGACCCAUGGUAUUGGUGGAAGCAAGUCUGGUCCUGUCCCUUGCAUCAGGUAUUUAAUUGUCUUUAUUGUUGCAAAGUGCUACCCAAUUAUUCCUUGACUGUUUGCACUAGCCUUGUGAUUGCAAAACAUAUAUUUCAAAAUUCCUCAACCAGAUCAGUUGAUGGAACCUGUAGCCAUGUAAUAUCUGGAGUAGUAGUAGUAUGAGUUAAGCUACAGAAAAAAGAAGAUAUUCAAUGGAGGAAGGCUGUUACCCAAAGAAUAUGCUUCAAUCUUUUAUUUAUUGAUGACUCAGUUUCUCUUCUUGUGUUUUUUCUAACUUGUAUAGCUAAGAGUUAUCUGUGCGAAAAUAUCUUUGCUUAAGCUUCAAUAAAAUGUACUCAAAUAUUUACAAAUAAACUCAAAGCCAUA